AUGUCAAGUAUGGAUCUAAAAAAGGAAAUAGAGACUUUUCGAGCUCAAUCAAGCUGGGUAGAUAAAUCAUUGCGCUCUCGUGCUUACAUUGAUACAAAACUUUUGUUUACCAGCAUCAAUUGGCAAGAAUUGAUAUCUGAUCAAAUACAAACCAAUCCGCAAUUGAAGGACUUGGAAAUUACAAAAACGAUACUCAGGAAUGACCAGAGUAUAAUCAGCAUAAUUAAGGAGCUAAUUGCUAGUAUUGACAAGUAUCGAAACCAACAAAAUCUCACUAGUGACAUCUUGUUAUCGAAAAAUAAAAAGAUUCAAGAGUUGAACAAUAAAGUGAAAGAUUUAGAAAAGAAGUUGGCCUCUGCCGAGAAUAAAAGUCGAGAUAAAAGUAUCGAUCAAACUACGCUAACCAGGGAUGUCAUUCAUCUUAGAAAAGUCAACAGGAUUCAAACGCAGAAUCUUUAUAACUUAACUAAUCUAUCAAAAGAUUUGAAAUUGAAACAUCGAAUAGAUAUGAAAAAGAAAGAUUUAGAAAUAAGUAGUUUGAAGAAUAAGUUGAUUGAAAGGAGAAGUUUGAGCUCAACCAUUGAAUAUGGGAUUCCAUUAACACCGUCGCCUGCUCAACAACAUAACCUAGAAGACUCUAAUCAACAAGAUGGAAUAUUCCAUAAUGAAUCAAUUAUUGAUGUGGGGACUGAAUCAAACAGUCAAGGACAAGGUCCAAGUUUAGCACACUUAAAAGGUGUAAUCGACAAAGAAAACACCAGAUUUGUUUGCAAUUUGACAAAUAUAAUCGAAAGUAUAGCUACUGAAAAUUACAAGCUAACUAGAUUUAUUCAAUACGUCAAGGAUUACAUCAUUGUAGUCAAUUCAAAGUUGUUGCAUUUGAAAGAUACUGGCGCGGAUGUGGAAAUGCCAAACCCUUCAGAUUUGAUUGAUUUGCAAAAUAUAAAUAAAGUCGAAAAAUCAACAAUGAGUCAUUAUUAUAACGAAAUUGAGAGUUCAGAAACCAUUGAAAGACCAGUUCUCAAUGAGAUAUACAAGAUGUAUCAUAAUCUAGGUGAUAUAGUUGAGCUAUUGAAUAACCCCAAUUUCAAUAGAAGCUCAGAACUGACCAUAAAGAGUCUACAAAAUGAUUUAAAAACAAUGGAAACCAACUGGAAAGAUGCUUUAAAAACAUCUGAAAUUUGGAAAAAUCUAGCGAAAGAAAACCAAAAGGAAAAAAGAUAA